UAGCGAAACUGUAGACAAGUCUAAAGCAAACGGACCUAAAGUUACAGACAUUGUGUAUUUCGAUAUAAAGAUUGGCGACGAAGAUGUGGGACGCGUUGAGAUCGGACUCUUCGGCAAAACGGUUCCCAAAACUGUCAAAAACUUUGUCGAACUCUGUGUUAAACAUAAGGAAACGCCGGAAACCGACGGAAAGUUAGUCGGAUAUAAGGGAAGUGUUUUCCAUCGCGUUAUCAACGACUUCAUGAUUCAGGGCGGUGACUUUACUAACGGCGACGGAACCGGUGGUCAUAGUAUUUAUGGCAACAAAUUUGCCGACGAAAACUUCAAACUCAAGCAUUACGGCGCCGG